UGUUAUUUUAUAUAAGUAUCAUUAAAGGCAAUCGUAAUAGAGGUGAUGAGUGUUAGCAUAACAUACCAAAAUUAUCGCUGCAGCAUAUCACAUACACAAUUUAAAAAAGAGAUAUCAAAUUAACACUACUGUCUCUUUUAAUCCAGGUAGAGAUCAAAAAUGGAUCAUUUUUAUCGACAUGUCCGAUUUAUUCCAGAUAAUUCGGUUCCAACUCGUUGCAAAAGUGUUCCUGGACUUAUUACUGAUAACGAUACCAUCCAAUUUAUCCUUGGAUUUCCUAGAUCAGAAAUAGAAAUAACUUCUUUCAUUGAACCUAAAAUUGCCAUUGAUUAUGAAGAAAUUUGUCAAUUGAUAGAAUCUGAAUUUAUUAGUCUGAGACGAGUUGAUAGACUUAUAAUAAUGUUCCAUAUUGAAGGCUAUGCUACUCAAGAGAAUGGAGAGAGUAAUUUAGGUUUACUUGUUGAUCUUAUCAAUGACUAUGGUAGAUUCUUUUAUUCUCAAAUUGAACAUAUCGAUAUUAGAUUUUGUUGUGGAAUUUGUGAAAAUCAAGAUAAUUUAGAUGUUAUAUUACAAUUACCUAAUUUAACAAACCUCACAUUUAGUUAUAUGGAUUUAACUUGGGUUGAUUUUGAAAAUUUAGAGUGUAAUUCAUUAUGUGAAAUUAAUUUUAAUAAAGUUCAAUUGGCAGAUUGGUCAAAGUUUAGAUUUCCUCCCAGUUUAAAAAGAUUAACGGUAGAUGUAGUUAAUCCAACCCCCGUUAAAUGUACCGAUCGUGGAAGAAACUAUCUUAUGUUCACUGACAAAAGCAUUAGAUACAGUAAAAAUCAAUUUAAACAAUUUCCUAUUCCUGAUGGAUUAGAUUAUCUUAAAUUAGAUAUCCCAGAUCUAGAUGAAUCCUUGUUAGAACUCUUGUUAAGUCCAAUUACAAGUUUAAGUGAAUUAGUAAUAACGCAUUCAAGAAUUAGAUUCUUAAAGGGAUGGAUUUUACCACUGAAUUUAACUAAAUUGGUAAUUGAAACUUAUGAACAUUUUGAUACAGAUUAUUGUUUACCUGCUACAUUAGAUGGACAAAUUCAUAUAUCCUACAAUAUUGAAGAAUGAUAUUGAUAUUUUGUUGAGACAUGAAUUUCUUUAACGCUCAUUAAUUUGCAAUCGAGAUUUAGUUAUGUCAUAUUUUUUAUAAUUACAUGGUUAUAAAUCUUCAAUUGCUUUUAUGACCGGUUAAAUGAAUUAUGUUACGCUAAUC